CUGUUAGGUGAAGACGCUGACAAGAUGCAGUCUUUUGAACACUUUGAGUGGGAAUUUGAGAAUGUUUGGGAUGCAAUUUUCACCACCCAAAUGCAAAUUUUUGCUCCAGGACUGGUCUUCAGCGGUACCACGGCUAACAAUAGAGAGUGAAGUGGUUGAGUGUGUUGACCACUUCACUUACCUGGGAAGUAGGAUCAACCCCGGUGGGUUAGUUGCCGAUGAGAUUUCGGCACGGAUACUAAAGGCUCGAUUGCCUUUGGCCAAUUUGCGCCACCUAUGGCGCCGCCGUGAUAUUCGUUUGUCUAUUAAGGGUCGCGUGUACUGCACAGCAGUCCACUCCGUUCUACUGUAUGGCUGUGAAACAUGGCCAUUGAAAGUGGAGGAUAUAAAAAGGCUUCAGGUGUUUGACCACCGUUUCCUUCGUAGUAUAGGACGUAUUCGUGGUGUCACCAUGUGAGUAAUGCAGAAGUUAGGUGUAGAGUUUUAGGGAGAAGAGGUAAGUCAGUUGACGAGGUUGUGAACCUUCAUCGACUGAGAUGGUUGGGACACGUACUACGUAUGCCUAGUUGUCGAUUGCCUCGUCACACAAUGUUGGCUGAGGUGGGUUCAGGCUGGAAAAAGGCCCGAGGUGGCCAGACUAAAACAUGGCACCAAUGUAUGAAGUCUCUGACUGUUGGUUUAAGCCAUGUAGGACGAUGCAGACUAGGUGGUUGGGGUCCACGGGACAAGAGGAACCAGUGGUUGGAGACCCUAGGUGAUAUGGCUGAGAACCGAUGUGAGUGGCGCAGAUGUAUACACACAUUAUCCUCAUCUUAACAACGCUAUACCGAAUCUCACCAUUUUGUCACUCCUCUUUCCUUUCUUCUUGUACUUUAUAUUUCUUUUGACUGCAUUCACUUAUCUUCAUCCUUCACCUUACUACCUUUUUACUUGAUGUGCUGAUAUGAGGU